GAGAAUAGUUUAUUCUUUCUGAUUUGCAGUUGUUUUAGGCUUAAAUAUUCAACACGGAAAUCAAUAGAAAUGAAUACUUGCAGAACCUGCCUUAAAACUCCAGCCGACACAGAUAUUUCUAAGCUAAAAAGGAGUAUAAAAGACGACAACAGAAAAUGCAUUGAUAUCAUAGCGUUUUGUCUGGAUAUAAAGGUUACGGAAGACUCCAAAAUAACAACGAAACUAUGCAACAAGUGCUAUAGAAAAAUUAUAUCGUUUUACAAGUUUAAGGUUCUAUCUUUGAAAAAUGAUGCCUAUUUGAGAUCUCUGCAGCCAUCUGAGCAGUCGGUAGACCAAAAAAGAUCUAUUUAUGUAGACGGAAAUGGAAUUAAACAUGAAAAUCCCUUGGAAAUUGAUGAAUAUGGUCCUAGUAUAGUUGAAGAAUACAAUACAGAGAUCAAAAUAGAAAUAGACUUUAAACAUGAGCGUACAUUAGGAGAUGAAGUAGAUACUGAAAAUGCAGACACACCAGGACAUGAAGAAAUAGAUGUUAAGGAUGAACAUAAUGAGAAAAAGGGAGAUGAAAAGUUAGUGAAAAUUGUAAAGAGAGGAAGACAAAAAGUAUCAUCAUAUAAAAAACGUGGCCAUCCAAAGAAACUAAGUCUAGUGAAAGCAGAAAGAACUAAGCCAGAAAAACGAAUAUGCGAGGAAUGUGGCAAAACAGUUGUGAAUCUCACACAGCAUUUGCUGCAGCACCGACCGAAGGACGAACGGAAGAUGCUUCAGUGCCAGGCCUGCUCGAAGGUUUUCUCGUCAAGAAGCGGUAGAAACAAGCAUUAUGCAGUGGCACAUUUAGGACAUAAAAUGAAAUGUGAUAUUUGUCAUAAAGAAGUGUCAAGUGUGAAAACACACAAGAUGCAAGUCCACAACCGGCACGAGUUGCCUUUCGGCUGCGUGUUUUGUUCGAAACGCUUCAUCUCUCGGUCCGGGCUUGAAGCGCAUGUGGCCGGGCACACUAAACAUUUUACAUAUGAGUGUGAUGAGUGCCACAAGAGGUUCCGAUCUAAAAUGUCUAUAUCUACUCAUAUUCGGAUGGUUCACAUAAAAGAAAAACUGUAUCAAUGCCAUCUGUGUUCGAAGGCUUUCUUCAAAAAGUAUUCACUUCAAAAACAUGUAUGGUCGCACACCAAAGAACGUCCAUUCGAGUGCGAAGAGUGCGGCAAAUCAUUCGGAGACAGGACAACGCUGAAGAACCAUCGCUUAACUCAUGUAGACGUCAAGAGUUUCCGCUGUGAGAUCUGCGACAUGAGUUUUGUGAGGAAAGGAUAUCUAUCGGCCCACAUGAUUAGUCACACGAAGGAGAAGCGAUACCCGUGCGCGUUCUGCGGCGCGCGCUUCGGCCGCUCCGACCACCGCAACCGGCACGAGUUCACCGCGCACAAGAAAUUUGUAAACGCGUCAAAUGAUUGAGGACUUUUAUGAGAAAGAAUUAAGGUUGAAAUUCCCUCCGCGGCCGGAGUUCA